AACAAUAAUGGCGUUUCUCUCGAGGAGGAAAAUGAUUCAAACCUGCAUUUCUUCUUCCCCUUCUCUUCCUUUUUUAUCCCUCUCUUCUUUUUCUUCUUUCUUCCCCGCCCGGCCGCCCCUGCAGAAGACGGUAGACAUAGAAAGAAAGAGAAGUUGAAGAAGAAGAAAAACAUGACCGAGAUUAUUUGUCUUCUCCACAAGGAUACAUUGGUGAUAAAGACACCCAAGAGAUCUCCUUUGGUAUUUAGAACAGUAGUAUUGUUCUUUGUUAUGGUUUGUGGAGUAUAUAUUCUCUCAAUUUGCUUGAAACAAACAAGCCUCCAUACAAAAGCUCGAUUCUUAAACCUUCAAGUCAUAGAACAGCAGCCUUGCCCUGUUCCUGGUUUUCAGCCAUGGGAAAACAUCCCUUAUCAACAUUUCCCCAAACCUAAAACCUUCAACAGAGAGGAAUGUGGCUGCAAUCCUGUUCGAUAUUUCGCGAUUUUGUCUGCUCAAAGAUCGGGAAGUGGUUGGUUUGAGACGUUAUUGAACAGUCAUAUGAAUGUUAGCUCAAAUGGGGAAAUAUUUGGUGAUAGAUAUAGAAGAAGUAAUGCAUCAGUAGUUGUUGAGACAUUGGAUAGAGUUUAUAGCCUUGAUUGGAUAUCUAGUUCUUCUAAGAAUGAGUGUUCUGCUGCUGUUGGAUUCAAAUGGAUGCUUAAUCAGGGAUUGAUGGAGAAUCAUGAAGAGAUAGUGGAGUAUUUCAAUAGAAGAGGUGUUUCUGCAAUUAUCCUCUUUAGAAGGAAUCUUCUUCGAAGAAUGAUUUCAUUACUUGCUAAUAGUUAUGAUAGUCAAGCUAAACUAUUAAAUGGAACUCACAAAUCCCAUGUGCAUUCCCCACAAGAGGCGGACAUUCUGGCGACAUAUAAACCGAAGAUUAAUACAACAAUUCUAAUUCGCGAUAUGAUGCAAGAAGAAGAUCAAAUUUCAAGAGCCUUGCAGUAUUUUAGCAAAACCCGACACAUUGUUGUUUACUACGAGGAUGUAGUCAGCAACAAAACCAAACUGUCGGAAGUUCAGAAGUUUUUGGGUGUGCCGGAUAUGGAACUUAGUAGUCGUCAGGUUAAGAUACACAAGGGUCCUUUGCAAGGGCAGGUCGAGAAUUGGGAUGAGAUUGAAAGAAUUAUUAAAGGAACAAUGUAUGAAAGGUUUCUUCAAGCUGAUUACGAAUUAUAGUUGUUUGGAGACUUCUACCCGUAAUGGAUUGAUUACGGGUAGAGGAAGAGGAGUUCAAUAUUUAUGGGAUCGGCAAAUAAAGAGUUUGCCACCAUUUUCAGAUUAUGGAGGAAACAAAAUGUAACAAUAUAUAUUAGUUUCUGGUUUUGAUUGUGACGACGAGGUCGAGGUUUGGAAAGGCGAAAGAAGUGUUGAUUUCAUGGAAAAUUCAAUGGAACCUUCAUUUGUUCAUUCUUUUUAUUUGAACAGAAUUACUCAUGCAUCGGAUAACCAUAUCUUGUACAUUUUGUAAUGCUCCAAAUCUCAGAACUUGCACAUUGUAAUUUUAGGCCAUAAAUAAUGAAAAAUUGGGAGAAGUACAUUUCAGG